AAGCGGCUCCAACCAACGCCUGGAAGACCACAUCAAACUGCACCACUUGCAGCAGAUCAUGCAUGAGUUCUUCCUGCACACCUCGGAUGACCUGUUGGUGCCCCAGCCACCGGGCCACUUCUCGGGCAAACUCCGUCGUAGAAUACCUGGCUCCAUGAACUUGGAGGAGUUCAAGGACACCAUCUUCAGAGUUCUGGGGACCGACGAGUACGAUGAUUAUCUGGAGAAGCUUUUUGUCAAGCUGGACACGCUCUCUGACGGUUUCGUGGACUGGAACGAGUUCUGCACCCACCUGCUGUUGUUGUACAGGGAGAACGACUAUCUUCACACCAAGUGUGACCUGCCCUUUGUGGAGGAGGCCAAAAUCCGGCACAUUAUCCACAAUAAGCAAGAGCAGACAUCAAAAAUCGUAGCCGUCCAUAGUCCUGUCAGAUACGUGACCAUAAGCAAGGAGGGGUCUCUUUGCGUGUGGCAUCCCAACAUGACCGUGGACAAGCAUUACGUCAUCUCUGACCUGGGGGACGAUCAGAAGAGACGCUUCCGAAUGUGGGUCACCGACGCCGUGUACAUGAAGAACUGUGAGAAGAUUGCCAUUGGUUCAACCAGCAGGGACAUUCGGUUCUAUGAUGUGUCUUCCUCUCAAUACUUUGAGGAAUAUCAUCUGUUUGCGCUUGCCGACGUUCCUUACUGUUUUGACUACUACUACAACAAUCAGCAACCAAACACAGAGUCGAUUCUCAUAUUUGGAGUGGACACCGGGGCCAUUCAUCUUCUCACCUUCCUCAAACCGGUGACUCAGUUGUUUGAAACUCCAUUUAAAAAUGACGGAGGAGUUCAAAAAGUUUACAUGCAGGACAUCGCUAGCCAUAACACUUGGGUCCGCCAUCACGUGAUAGCAGCUGUACAUCCAGAAAUGAUCAAACAAGUCCGCUUCUUGCCCGACAACGAAGCCAUUAUUUCCGCUUCUGCCUCGCCCAAAAGCACAAUUGUAAUAUGUGACAUCUUUGGUGUCAAAAAGUCAUACGUUUUCAGGAUAGAAAAGGGAGUAGAGUGCUUUGACCACAACAAGAACCUAAAUCUGCUGGCGACAGGCAGCGGCGACCACGUCGUUCGACUGUGGAACCCAUACGUUACAAAUUCACCCAUAGCCACCUUAUCAGGGCACGUGACUGGCAUCAUUGGUGUGGUUCUACAUGAGCAGUUUAAGCAAGUGUUCAGUUACUCGAAGGACGCGGUAAUCAAAGUCUGGGACACAAAGGAACACAGAUGCCUGCAGACGAUAUCCCUCAAAUUCCCAUCCUCCCUCAACGGGCGCAUUCCAGAGCACGGUCAGUUUCCUGUACAUUUGCAAGAAGCUCCACACAGUGCAUUUAUUCUCACCUGCAACGACUUCAUCGCCUCGCUGAGGUUGGGCAGGCCCGAGGAGAACACAGCUCACACAGAGACUACACACGAUACUCAGCUGUGCUGUGCUAUCUAUAACAAGCUUCUGAAACAGGUUGUUACAGGAUGCGAUUCUUCGAACAUUGCUAUCUGGGACGUGGAGACUGGCACUAAGUCGGUGGUGUUUCCUAACGCGCAUGACGGGGAGGAGAUCACGUGUUUAACCUUUGACCAGACCUGCAGGCGUCUUAUUUCUGCUGCCAGAAACGGAACAGUCAAGGUAUGGAACUUCCACAACGGUCACAACCUGCACGUGCUGGAGAAUGUUGGGGAAGCCGAAGUGACCGGGACCAUCCACCUCCCUGACCAGAAAGUCAUCUUGACCAUGGGCUGGAACCGGAUGAUUCUCUCUUAUGACGACUCCGACCCCGAGAAUAAAUACUUACCGGCAAAAACAUCAUGGAAAGGUGGCCAGUUACACAAGGACGACAUUUUGAGUUCGGACUAUGCUCCGCCCAAUUUCCUGGCCACUGCCAGCUAUGAUGGGGAGAUCAUCGUCUGGGAGGCAGACACGGAAAGGGUGUACCUGAGGCUGAGGAAGGGUCAACCCCCCAGCAUCUCACAAAAACUGGAUGCCAUGAAGACUACGAUGGUUGACGGUCGGCCAGGAACCAGGUCAUCUGGUAGGUCACGCCCUAACUCCAGACACAGGACCUCUCAUAGAGUGGAGCAGGG